AUGACAAAAAUAAGCACCAAAAAGAAGAAGUACCGAUUCACCUACAUUCUCGAUGAGAUUCGAACCAGCGACGACAGGUCUUACAAGACGAACCUUCUCGAGUUCAUCAACUGCCUGAUACUCUACUCGGACCAGCCGGAACAACGGGUCCGGAUACGGAACGAACUUUACGGCCUACGUCUUGGUGAAGUUCUAUCGUCACUUCGGUCCCAGCAAGAUCGCCAUUUGGAGGUCCAGCUUCAGGUCUUUGACGAGAGUCUGACGUCAGACGAGGUCACACUUCCGGCAACACGAGGGCUAGAUCUUGGUAGCACGCUCGACGUGUUCCACGCGGUACACAGACAGGUUCUUGAAAGCCAGCAAGAGUUACCGUUCCUGACAGUGCUCCAACAUUUGCUGAAGAUCGACGCAAGCAAUGAGCGUCUCAGCGAAACAAUAUGGAACACCGUGGAAAAACUCGUCGCCCAGGCAACGGGGGUGGAGUCUGAGAAGGACGCCCAGAAACUCGUAACCUCCGUCCUCCGCCGCAGCGAGGGUCGAGACAGGAGCACAUCCGGUUCCAGAACUCGCCGGGAAUCGACUCCGGCCUCGGAUAAUGAGAGUCGCAGCUUGCAGAAAGUUGACGAGUCUUCAGAGGUGACGAGUUCGCCACCCCCCGCACCCCCAGCGCCACCUAUCGGAAUGAUGCCUGGAGCACCACCGCCACCUCCGCCGCCACCCAUGGGCGGAGGUCCCCCGCCACCCCCUCCCCCGCCUUUUGGGCAAGCCACUGGACAAGAUCCUCUACCUAACAUUCCAAAACCGCGGGCUAAAAUGAGGACGCUGAAUUGGCAAAAAAUCCCCAUCACCAACGUUAUAGGGAAACCCAAUCUUUGGACCCAAGUGGGCAAACUCUCCAAGGAUUAUAACAUGGACUACCAGAAAAUGGAUGAACUUUUUAGCGUUAAUCCCGAGAGCAGCCCAAAAAGACUUGGUCAGUCUUCUGAUGGACAGCCGGACAACAAGAAAAAACGCGAGAGCUCUGAGAUAAACAUCAUUGACGGAAAGAGAAGCAUGAAUGUCAACAUUGUGCUGAAGCAGUUUCGCAUGUCGCAUGAAGAGAUCGUGCAGCUGAUCAGAGAUGGCCAAAGUGAUAAGUUUGGGGCGGAGAAGCUCCGCAGUCUUUUAAACAUGUUGCCUUCACAAGAAGAGAUUGACGCCAUCAAUUCUUUUGAUGGAGACAGAAGCAAACUUGGAAAUGCUGAGAAAUUUUUUAUAACACUAAUGGGCCUUCCAAACUACCGCAUGCGUAUUGAAGGAUUGUUGAUCAAAGAAGAGUUUAACACACACAUGGAGUGGAUUAGACCAGCUAUAGAGGCCAUUAUACAAGCAGCUGGAGAUAUUCAGGACAAUGAAUCUCUCAAAGAACUUAUUUUCCUCAUUUUAAUUUCUGGCAACUACCUCAAUUCAGGAAAUUAUGCUGGGAAUGCAGCUGGUUUCAGACUUUCGUCUCUACUGAAACUGACGGAACUCCGGGCCAACAAGCCUGGUGUCAACUUAAUGCAUUACGUAGCUCAGGAAGCAGCUGAGAAAAACCCAAAGCUCCUCAGGUUUCCAAGUGAAAUGAAAUUCUUAAAAGAUGCAUCACAGGUAUCUGUGGAGUCUCUAGUGACAGAUGUGAGUAAUAUAGCAAACAAGGUGAGGGCCAUCACAGAACAGAUAUGUUUGGCUGGCAAAGACUUUCAGCAGCAGAUGAGCAGUUUCCUCAAGGAGGCGAAUGUUGAGGUCAAUGAACUUGAAGAAGAUCUGAAAGAAAUUGAACAUAUUCGAACUGAAAUGGCAACAUAUUUCUGUGAAGACCUAAAAACUUUCAAAAUAGAAGAGUGCUGUGCAAUUCUUCAGACAUUCUGUGAUAAGUUAAAGAAAGCUUACGAGGAAAAUGUUCAGAGGCAAUUAAUGGAAGUUAAGGCAGAACAACGAAGAAGUAUGAGUGGAGAUCCUCGCAGAAACUCAGGUGCCGCUGAAGCUGAUCAUCAAUUGAUAAGGUCUCCAACCGGAGAAAAAGGUGCCAACAUAUUUGAUCAACUUCUUGCAGAUGUACGCAAUGGUUACGCAGCCAGUAACUUCAGUGACGGGAACUUCUCUAUAACCAAAAGGACAAAAGUCAGCCUGGCCCCACAAGAUGCAUUGAACAUUAUCAACGAUGCAGACAUGAACGGGGACCCAGGGAGCUCUUUUGUUCGGGCUGGACAUGGAAGAGUUAGUCAGCGAAGACGGCGUGGUGAUGGUUCAGCUCACAGUCCUAAUGGGCCAUCUCCUACACCAGAUUCAGCGCGUACCAGCGUCUCUUUGGAUGAGAUUUUAUUAGAGUCUGAUGCUUCCAUUGAUAAUAAGCCAAAACCUGAAACUACGUUUGAGCGCUAUGCUAGCCUUCGCCGGCGACGGAUGGAGCGGAAAGCCAAGAGGCCGUCGACGUUAGACAUUUUAGGGGCAGAUCGAGAGCGAGCAACGUCACCGUCUCCACUGUCAGCGACAAGUACACCAGGGAGUGACAAUGUCACUAUGCGGCUGGGGUCUACGUCUACUGGCAGACCAAAAUCUGAGCAUGUGACUCCUGAGCCAAAACAUCAACCCAUGCAGCGCAGCAGAAGUUUCGCAGAGCAGAAGAGAAAGGACGAGGACACUGACGAUCUUAUAAACAGACUUAAACAAAAAUUAGCUAAAAAAGAUGGUAGGUUGACGCCUACUUUAACGGAAGAUGCCGAUGAUGCAAAAGACGCGACACCACCCUCCAGGAACAGCACGAGGUGGAGGAAUGGGAUCGUUGUGUCUGAGACCAACUCCCCACUGGAACCCAUCACAGAGAAGAAUCCAACACUGGAGGACUUCACCUCGGAGGCCCAGACAAAGGCCAUCCAGAGGACGCGGGAGAAAAUGUCCAACAGGUUCAAGAGUGACUUAAACCCCAAGGAGGUGAACAAAGUUCUGGAGAACAUGCAGAACUAUUCUGCUGAAGAUGAGUCCCCCAAACCGGGGAGAUCUAUGGAUGAUUCAGAUCUGGGGUCUCACGUAUCAACGUCUGUGCGGCUCAAGAUGAGCCAAGGUAUGGGGACUGAUAUAGACCAGUUACUUAAAACUAUAGAAAACUCAGGCAGACAGAUAGAUGCGAUUGGUGUCAUUGGGCCAAUGCAGCGAACCACAGACACUUCAAGUGAAAAUAACACGCCCGCACAACGAAAUGUCGCUGUUGUGGCGCAUGUCACAGCAUCCAACACACCCACUGGUAACAUAAAAGAUCAUGAAAAAGCUAAAAGAGAAAUGCGGAAAAAGAGAUCCCAACUUUCAAUGGAUGAUGUGAAAGCUGCGAUUAGAACCCUUGAUCCUAAAAGUGGGAAAAAUGUUGAAAAUAACAAUAAUUUAUCUGUGAAUAAUAAAAACACAGUUUCUGUCUCGCCCACAAAAACGCCCCCCACGCCACGGAAAGAUGGUGUGAUGGCAGAUAAGAGCAGCACUGAACUCUCUAGAAGUGACAGUGCCAAUAAUAAAGAACUAAGCAAAGCUGCCAAAAUGACAGGGAAAAAGAAAUUCCGUGACGCGCGUUUCGGAGCUUCAAAUUCUUCAAAUAACAAUAUAAGGCCUCGAAGUAAUGUGGAAGCUGACAGUGUGGUAAAAGCCUUAAAAGAAAUGAACAAAAACAAUAUGAGCCGGUCAAAGUCAUUUGACGAGCGUGUACAUGAGAAAGAAUUCAGCACUGUUAUACGUAACAGUGGUAGUGCACCUGAUACAAUGUUGGAGAAGCAGGCUGUCAUAAGAAACAGUACGAGUCGACUCUCACUCGAUGGUCGACGUAAUGGACUUUAUAUUCCUGGUGAAGGAAGUGAUAAUGAAGAUAGCAGCUCUAAGAAUAAAUCAGCUGCUUCUUCAACUGAUACACUUUUAAAUAACAAUGAGCCACCAGUUGAACAAAAUACACAGCAAACUAUUUUGAACAAACAAAGAUUAUCAUCUGCGCCAGUGAAUUCAGUUGUUUCUGAUACAGGAGUCCCACCAUUACGUCGGUCAUAUAGUUUGUUGGAUAGAAGUAAGCAUAUGGACGAAGAUAGCGAUGAUCCGAAUGCUUCUAUAGCAAAAUGGAGAUUGAAGAGAGAAAGACAAAGGAGGAGUUUGUACGAUAAUGUGUUGGAUGGUGGCAGUGAAUCCACCAACAGAUCCAGCACAACAAGCAGUAACGACAAGGACGAGGGAUUUGAGUCUGGGUCAGGCACAAUGUCCCAGAGAACCUCCAUGAGCAGCACCCUCGAGUCUGAGAUCUCUGCCCAGAGGUCUGAUAGUCUCAAAUCAAAGAGUGAGGCAGACCAGGCUGGGGUGAAUUCCAGACUUGUGGAGGAGGCUGAUCGAAAAGUCCGCACAGAGAACUGGACGGAACAAGUUGUUCUAGGCAGUAACGUGCCUGAAGUGAAGGGUGACAGCAAGUCUGUUUCACCUCAGACUGUUGCUGUGUCUCCUGCUAAAUCAACUGAAAAGAAGAACAGCAAACAAGAUGCACCUGCUAAACCCAAACCCAUCCCCAGUUACAUGAUGCCAACCUCUCGCUCAUCUCAGCGUCCAGCCUCCACAACCCCUGAAUCUCCAUUCAGGCGUGACACCCCCAACAGGACCUCAGUCAUUGAAAGGUCAGUGACCCCAACUCUCAAGCGUGAAACAACUGUCAGGGCGUCAAUGAGGGCGGAGUCUGCAACAUCAGGUUUCCAGAGAGGAACAGCAGCUCGUACAUCUAUCCGAGGUCCACGUACCUCAAUGCAGUUGUCGGCUGGGAACUCUGUGACUCUUUCCCCAUCAGCAGCUUCUAGCAGGCCUAGGGCAGAUUCAAAUACUAGCAUAUCUUCAAGGGUUAGUUCAGUGUCUACAGCAAGUGCAGCAAAUAAACAAAAGCCUGCAGCUAAGCCAGCCGUUCCUUGCCACACAACUACAUCCCACAACAUUACCCCCCAGCAGUCUAAAACAAGAACUACAACUACCCCAACUACUCCGAGUUCCAGAUCAUCCAUUGCAAGCAAUUCAUCGCUAAGACCCACAACCCCGGCUGAUAGAACUAAAGCACCAGUUACAACGACCCCUUCAUCAUCCAGCCCAUUCUCCAGAUCCCAGUCCAUGCGUGUCAACUCGCGUGCCUCCAUGGGACCUGAAACGCGACGGGUAACUCCCACCAGUGACGUCCGGCGCAGCAUGACCCCACUGUCACACGAAGUCAGGCAGAGCAUCACACCACUGCCACAUGAAACAAAACGCAGUACGACCCCACUUCCUGGUGACACCAAUUCCAGAACGACCCCGGUCCUACCUGAACGACCCCACAGCACAAUCCCCUUCUCACAAUCUUCCAGAACAUCCACCCGCAGAUCUUCAUUCAUGGCACCCACUGCUGCUUCCAAAGCCAAGGCAGAUGAACUAUCAGCUAAAACCUCAACAACUAAAACACCAUCCACACUUACCCGACACGCAAGCUUACGUAUGCCAAAGAAACCGCCCACCACCAGCUUGACAUCACAGGGUCCCAGCGGUCGCAAAUCCCCAGCGCUAUCUGGGUCUCAGCUGCAUCUUAAACAAGAACACUACCAGUCUCUGUCUGUGCUUUGCGAGGCUGGGGACGAGGAAGUAGAAGAAGAGAAACCUGUUGUGAAGAAAUCACCGUCAAUACUCAAGAGAAUAACAAGUAAGGUGACCCCAGCAAAGACACAGAGUAAAAAGAAAUAAAGUUAGAAUUAAUCUUAGCUAGAUUGGUUUAAAAAUUGUAAUUCUGGUGCUAAAAAUUUUUAUCUGCACAAUGUAAACACAUUAUAAAAUGUUUCACUUUACAAAAUUGUCAUGACACAAAUAUAAGUGUCUUGAUGUAAAAUGUGUCACAAAAUAAAAAUGUGUUACAGCACAAAACGUGAGCACGACACGAAAGGG